AUUCUUAGUUCAUUACAGUUCAAAGUUGCUCGUACUUUCUUGCUCAAUUUCAAGGCAGUUUUCGCGUUGUUUCUCUUGCUCAAAACAGUAAUGGAUGCUUUUUCUACCUUCUUCGAGUCUCAAAAUGCAUCUCGAUGGAACUCUUUAAAGAACCUUAACCAGAUCUCUCCCGUCGUGCAGUCUCAUCUUAAACAGGUUUAUCUUUCCUUAUGUUGUGCCCUUGUUGCAUCGGCCACUGGAGUCUACCUGCAUCUUCUCUGGAACAUUGGUGGUCUCCUUACAACUUUUGCAACGCUAGGAUGUAUCUUUUGGCUUCUCUCAACUCCCCCUUAUGAAGAGCGAAAGAGAGUUGGUCUAAUGAUGGCAGCUGGCCUAUUUGAAGGGGCCUCGAUUGGUCCUUUGAUUGAUUUGGCCAUUCAGGUUGAUUCAAGCAUUCUGAUCACUGCAUUUGUGGGAACUGGUCUGGCAUUUGCAUGUUUCUCAGUAGCAGCUAUGGUGGCCAGGCGAAGAGAGUAUCUUUACCUUGGCGGCUUGCUUUCAUCAGGCCUGUCCAUGUUAUUCUGGUUGCAGUUUGCUUCCUCUAUCUUUGGGGGUUCAACAACCAUCUUCAAGUUUGAGCUGUACUUUGGGUUGCUGGUGUUCGUGGGCUACAUUGUAGUGGACACCCAGGAGAUAAUUGAGAAAGCUCACUUUGGCGAUUUCGACUAUGUGAAACAUGCCCUGACCCUUUUCACUGAUUUCGUUGCUGUUUUUGUCCGUAUACUCAUUAUCAUGCUGAAAAAUGCCAGUGAAAAGAAUGAGAAGAAGAAGAAAAGAAGGGAUUGAAAGUGUGGCUACCUGGGAACUCCACUCGUUUAACUUUGGGAUGACAUUUAUAUAUAUAUAUAUAUAUUAACCUUCUUUUUCUUUAAACCAUGCCACCCAUUUAACUCUAGGAAAAUGUAUUUACCGGGCCGUUAGUGUUGGGUAUUCCCCUAAUUUGGGUGAUCGUUUGUGGCUGGAAUUCGGGUUGAACGUUGGCAUCGGUCUCUGUUUUUAUCAAUAAAAUAAAGUCACUGUUUUGUAGUA